AUGUUGGAGGAAUCUGUAAGGCGUAUGUCCGGUCUUUCACCGACACCCAGGUCGGGGUCACGCUCAGAUACCAGCGUGGUUGGUCCAAGGAAAAAAACAGAACAAAAGGCUCAAUUGUUGGGGAAGAUGACACUUGGCGAUGGACUUAUUUGCGUGGACUUUCUCUCAGGGCCUAAUAUUUUGGCAAUUGGAAGUACAAAGGCUGUUCAUCUUGUGGAAGUGACGCCGAUGAAUCUUCCCAGUCAGGCAGCGGGGGCGGAUGUUUCCUAUACGCCACAUUUGGCGUCCGUUUCCUUUGCGAUGCGCUCAUGUGGCAUGUUUGGUAACGUGGCAAAGGUGGAAGCCCUUGCGUGGUAUCCAAACCGAAAUGAGGCGGUCCUUGCCAUUCUGCAGCUCAGUCGCAGCGUAACGGUGCU